CGUACACACUGCCGGCUUGGCAAGCGCACGCGCACGCGCACGAGGAGCGAGCGCGCCGGCCGCUCUCCGGCGUCGUCCCAGGCCAAGGCUCCCUGCCCGUCUCCAUCUCCUGGUCCACUCCCUUCCCCGCGCGCCUCACGGGCGGCACGUGACUGCUCCCCCUGCCGCCCGCACCACUAGCUUGCCCGCCGGCGCCGGCACAAAGCGGGCAGCGCGCGCGUGGUGACCGCUUCCGGGGGGGACAAGCGGGCCAUGGAGCAGGAGGAGGGGAGGCGGAAGCGGGAGGCGGCGGUGGUGGUGGUGCUGGAGUGCGUGGCGGGGAGCUCCAAGGCGGAGGAGUGGGGCGGCGGGGGCGCCGUGGUGCAGGAGGGCGACGUGGUGGAGUCGGUCCGGGUCGGGCUGGGCUCCGGCGCGGCGUCCCUAGACGCGCCCUUCAAGGGCGGCCGCGCCGGGCUGCACAAGGCCCUCCACAAGGCGUUCAAGCGCGGCGACACCUCCGUCGAGGUCCGCGUCCGCGGCGGCAAGCACCUGCAGGCCUGCGUCCUGCCGCACCCCGGCGGCGCCAGCGCCCGGAAGCAGUACGUGCUCCGCUCCCUCCACGACCCCAACUACGUGCUCGGCUUCGGCGAUCGCCUCGAGAGCGAGUGCCUCGUCCUCCAAGGCACAAGAGGCACAAGGGUGGCAUCGGCGCUGAGCCGGGCGCAGCUCCAGGACGGGUACGUCAUGUAUCCAUGGGACAAGAAGAUGCGCGACUCGCUGCGCACGCCCAACUCGAGCUGCUUCCUCUCCAUGCUCGUCCUCCCCAAGGCGCUGGACCUGAACGCGUGCCGGUACGAGUCCUUCGAGGACACGUUGGCUCGCGCCAACACAUGGCUUUACUCGUCGCAGGACUCGGGGAUCCCCAUCGAGUUCAUGAACCUGCAGAGCGAAGCUCUUCUCACCAAGAUAUCUGGGGAGACGGCGUCUGCGACCGUCAACUCCGGGUCCUUGUCCGACAUGUCGAACCUCGUGAACGCGACGCUCUACGGUUUCGAGGAUUACCACGGGGUGGACAUCGGCGUGGUGAAGGCGGCCCGGCUUUGGUACAGCUCCACGGCGGGAGAAAUGCCGCUGGAGAUCCAGCUUCAGGAAGGUGACACCAGGCUAGGAUUCGCCGUCAGCCGCACCGAAGAGGGUUUCAUCUACAUAUCAUCGGUGGUCGACGACGACGAGGACAGCGAGGCGCCAUCGACGCGGUCGGGGCUCCGCGAUCUGUUCAACCGGGCGAAAGUGGCAUCCAAACUGCUGAUCAUAUCAAGGGUGUCCAACGAGAAGGUCCUCCCAUGGAUGAUCUCCAGUUCAGGCGCGGUCCGUUGCUUCGACACCAUCUCCCUCAGCCAGAAGCUCUCCCUGCACCGCCUCGCGCUGCAGCCUAUCCAGCUACACCUGCUCAUGUGGGAGAAGCCCGUCGGUGUCGCGCAGAGCGUCGUUCUUUCUCCGAAAAUGCCCUUCCCGCUGUCGCUGCCUCCUCAGGUGCCCUUAAGCAUCAUCGACAGCCCUGAACAUAGAGUAGAUGCUGAGGAAGACUUCGUGUUGGAUCCGUCGUUUCGGCUCGACGAUUCUCCGGUCAGCAACUGGGUGUGAUCUUGGUUUUCAGCUGGGUACUAUGAUCUCAGUUUUCCUGAUGUGCGCAUGUAAUGCCUUCAUCUUCUCUAGUUCUCUAGGGAGCCUUGCUCAGUUUGUCCUAGAGAAGUAGUGUUCAGAACCAUUGUAGGUUUCUGAAGUAAUCAGGGGAGGUGCUUCCAUAGCACCUGAACAUCAUGUUGUGAUACAUAGUUUUCGUUCAUCAUGGCAUAAACGAUGGAGGAAUAUAUAUUACUCGUUUCAUUGUA